UCGUGCGAUGUAAACUGCUGUUUUUACAAGCAACUUCAAUUCAUGCUUCUCUCUCGAUAUUUGUACGAUAGUUGUAUUUUUUUAAUGUCUUUUAGCUCAUGCAUUCCCAUAUUCUCUGCUUUGUACGAAUAUCUUUAUUUCCCCUUUUAUACCCCUUAUUGUUUAGUCGGACGCUUUUGACGAGGCAAAUCACACUAAAUAGCAAUAAUAAGAGCGUUUACUCAAAAUACAACACGAUGCCUAAAAAGGACAAAACGAGCAAAAGCAAACCAAAACAAUCGGACACGCCACCCGGCCCGGUUACCAAAGUUAAAGACGGUGAAAUUGCUAUCGCGAUACAUGCUAAACCCGGGGCCAAACAGAAUGCAAUCACAGUUGUCUCUUUGGAGGCGGUUGGUGUCGCCAUUGCCGCACCACCGACAGACGGAGAGGCUAAUGCGGAGCUGGUUCGCUAUUUAUCCAAAGUCCUGCAACUGAAGAAGAGUGAAAUAUUCUUAGAUAAGGGCUCCAAAUCCAGAGAAAAAAUCAUAAAGGUGACUGCAGCUGUCUGCCAGGAAGAAAUCCUAGAGAAACUGAAGAGAGAGGCCACUGGAUGAUAUUGAAAUGACUUUGGUUUUGUUUGAGCGGCACGAUCCAGGUUACCUUUAACCCAUGGUAAAAAAUCUGUGACAUUUUCUGUAUGUUACUGUUUGCACCAUGAAAACAUGAGGUAUCAUAUUCAAUCAAAUGUCCAUGUAUAUCAAAUAAAAUGUAAUAUUUCUCAUUAGCAGUUUCAAAUGAUUGUGCAUAUUAAUGUGUUGUAAUUAUGAUGCAGUACUGAGACACAAACAUGGUUAUAAAAAGUUAAUGCGUUUCAGUAUUGGCUACAUUGUAAACCAAAUUUACACUGCUUACAGAAAUUAUUUUUUUACACCGCAGUGAAUUUCGGAAGUCAUUAAAGUUCAAGGCAAUUAUCCUGCCUUUUAAAAAACUUUUUAUUGACCACAACAGCACCUGAGGUCCUCUACCAGUGACAAAUGUGUUAAUUAAGGAGAACAUAAUGAGCAUGGUUAUCAGAGAUUUUCUAGUCAAGGGCUAGAAACCCAUCAAUGGAUUAUUCAAAAAGUCUGAGUCUUAAGUUUCUGCUUUAGUAUUCAGGUUUAAGAUCGUAACUGUAGAUGCAUUUUUGACUUUUCAAUAAUGGAUAACUGCAUUUUACUGCAAAAUCAGACUUUUUUGCAUCUUAUAUCAGCCAUGAGCUUCAAAUAAUGUUUGAAAACCAAGUAAAUAAUUUAAAUAAAUUAAAAUGAGACAUGAAGCAGUAUUGUUUGGUUUGCUUUGCUUACUGGGGUUUAGAUCAACGUGGAACUUCAAAUUCCUGUUUAUUUUAUAAUAAAAUUACCUUUUAAUGUACCUCCACCAUUAGGAGAGGGGAAAUGGAAAACCAGGGGACUGAAACAUGUUUGCUUUUAAUAUGCAGCCGUAGCUCUGCAGAUUCCUACAUUACAUUUUUAUUUUAUUAUUAUUUGUUUUUUACAAUUAAACUGCUUCAUUAUUGAGACUCUCUGGUUACUUGCCUAUUCCCAAAGAGCCCAUUCACAUAGGGCUUAUGAAAUCAAAAUAUAAAUUUGAAUUUACACAUUUAUUAUGACUUUUUAUAUUAAAAAUAGUUGCUAUAUAUAACUUAUUUUGCAAUAUCUUAAACUUCUUACAAUAAAGAGAAGAAUGGUUGUAGCAACCUUAUAUUUGAUCAAUUACCGGGACGUGAAUGAUCAAUUUGUUCAACAGGUCAUCAGCUAGGUAAUGCACCACCUUUAGUGCUACAUUAGAGAGAUGAUGGGUGUUUCUUUGUGUCAUUCUGAGAGUUUCAACAAGGCACAACAGAUUUUAUAUUUAUAGAGACUAUUAUAUACUGUGGGGUCCAAAACGCUAAGACAGUGAAAAUUGGAGAUUUAAAAUCUAAUUUAAUCCUGGGAGUAAACAAUGUUUUUAGAAUUUUCAAAAUUUCAAACAAAGUUAUAAUGUAAAAGAAAUACAACAUACUAAUCAAAUUUAAGCAAAUUUGUCAUGCUGUUAAUUAUGUUAACGGGAUAGUUGAAAUCUCUAAUAUG